AUGAGGUCGGGAGCAGCUAUGGCGACGGUGGCAGUCUGGUUAUCUCUCGCCGCCGCCGUGGCAUCCGCCGCUAACACGGAUGCUUCCUGGUGGGCUUACACUCACGUCCGCGUGGUGAAAGAGUUCAGCGGCGGCCGGAUGUUGACGGUGCACUGCAAGUCCAAGGACGACAACAUGGGAACGCACUGGGUUGGGCCCAAGUCGGAGUACGAGUGGAGGUUCCGGCCCAGCAUCUUCGGGAACACGCUGUUCUGGUGCCACGUUUGGAAGGGCGACGACAGCCAGAUCGUUUACGACGCCUAUUACGCCGGCGACGACAAACUGUACGACAGGGUCUACAUGGACAACUCCUAUUGGGUGGUUAAGGACGACGGCCUCUAUUUGCGUCAGUUUUGGAAAGGGAUAGACGUCUUCUUCCAUCACUGA